GUUGCUCAGUUUCAGCUUCAGUUAUUAUUAUAUUGUAUUGUUGUUCAUCUUGUGGUGGUAACUAAUUUCUGUUCCAAUGUCUACAGCUUCCAUCUUAUCCCUCCCUCUAAGCCAUCCUGGAAAAACUUUGUCUAUCCGCAAAAUGUCUACGAAAACGGUAUUACAGAGGAUUUAAUAAAACCAGCACAUUUAGCAAUUAAGGUGUGGAAUCCACAAUUAUCUUUACGAGCCCAUUGUCAUCUGAAGGGAAAAAUGCUAAUAUUUAAUGUUGAAGGUGAUGCUGAUUUAGAGGUUCAUAUGUUUAAUACCACCACGCUGAUUGAUGUCAAUCUGGUGCCCACGGUAAAGGAUAAUCAAAGUUACUUGAAAGCCACUUCAUUUUAUGCCACACAACAAACACCGAGUAUGAAAAUGUAUUUCAAAAAUUCUACUCUCUUCAAUGGUGACCAAACAUUUGCCGAUGCCUUUACUGAUACCAUCAAUGAGAAUUGGUCGUUGAUGCUUAAUGAAAUUCAACCGUACUUUGAAAAAGCCAAUGCUAAAGUGUCCUUGGCUGUACUUAAUAAGAUUUUAGGAACCAUACCUACCGAUCAAUAUUUUAAAGAUACCAAAGAAAAAUGA